UUCUGAAUGAGACACAAGAAAUGUUUUUGUUGCACAGGCUCUGCAGUGCACGAGUAAUCUAAAGUUUAGCAGUCGAUAAAGACAUGAACAGCCGCCUGCAGGAGAUUAAAGCCCGACAGAAGCUACGCAGGAAGCUGUUGGCCCAGCAAUUGGGAGCCGAAAAUGCUGACAACAUUGGAGCCAUCCUAAACAGCAAAGAUGAGCUAAGGGAAAUAGCCGAAACAAGGGAAACUUGCCGCGCUUCAUAUGAUACAACUGUAGCCAACACAAAGCGUAAGCCUCCAGAAGAAGGAGAGGCUGAUGAAGAGGUUGUUGAAGAACGUAAGGAUACAGUGGAACCACAGAAAGAAGAGGAAAAUCUUCCCUAUAAGGAAGAAAUUUACAAAGAUUCAAGUACCUUUCUGAAGGGGACCCAGAGUCUGAAUCCGCAUAAUGAUUACUGCCAGCAUUUUGUUGACACAGGACACAGACCACAAAAUUUUAUCAGAGAUGUUGGAUUAGCAGAUAGAUUUGAAGAAUAUCCAAAGCUGAGGGAGCUGAUCAGACUUAAGGAUGAUUUAAUAAGCCAAUCCAAUACUCCCCCAAUGUAUUUACAGGCAGACCUGGAAACCUUUGACCUAAGGGAACUUAAGAGCGAGUUUGAUGUAAUCCUUCUGGAGCCACCUCUAGAGGAAUAUUACAGGGAGACUGGUAUUGCAGCUAAUGAGAAGUGGUGGACAUGGGAAGAUAUAAUGAAGUUGGAUAUAGAAGGGAUUGCAGGCUCAAGAGCCUUUGUCUUCCUUUGGUGCGGGUCUGGCGAGGGUCUGGACUUUGGCAGAAUGUGCUUGCGUAAGUGGGGUUUUAGAAGAUCAGAAGAUAUUUGUUGGAUCAAAACUAAUAAAGAUAACCCAGGCAAAACAAAGACUCUGGACCCAAAGGCAAUAUUUCAAAGAACUAAGGAGCACUGCCUUAUGGGCAUCAGAGGUACAGUGCAUCGUAGUACAGAUGGUGAUUUCAUACAUGCAAAUGUUGACAUUGAUCUGAUCAUCACAGAAGAACCUGAAAUUGGUAACAUUGAAAAGCCUGUGGAGAUUUUUCAUAUCAUCGAACAUUUUUGUCUUGGAAGGCGACGUCUUCACCUCUUUGGCAGAGAUAGCACCAUUAGACCUGGUUGGCUUACAGUUGGACCUACAUUGACAAACAGUAACUUUAACUCAGAGGCAUACGCCACCUACUUUACAGCACCAAAUUCACCCCUAACUGGAUGCACAGAGGAGAUUGAGAGACUACGUCCCAAAACACCACCACCUAAAUCUGAUCGGGGUUUUGGUGCAUCACGAGGAGGUGGAAGAGGUGGUCCCUCUUCAGGCCGUGGAGAGCGAGGCAGAGAAAGAAAUAGAGGAAGCUUUAGGGGAGACAGAGGAAACUUCAGAGGGCGUGGAGGUCCUCAUAGGGGAGGAUUUGCUCCUCGUUAACGUUAAAAGGACUGUAUUUUAUUAUUUUAACACAAACAUUUCUUACAUAUCAAAUUGGUAUUUUGAAAUUAACUGUCAGUCUGACCUGAGUAAUAAAUUUGUUUUUGUUUUUAUAUAAAAA